UGUAAAAACGCACCGUCAUGGAAUGGACAACUCCUCCAAUAACCGACUCGAAAAAGUUGUUUGAGUUUCCCUUUUUUACCCCCUCGCAACUACAUGUCCACGACUACACGUAGACGACUGCGGAUAGAGCUUUGUUUCCGUAAUGCCUUUUGAGGGCGUUACCAAUCGUCCCUCCACAGGUUAAACCCCGGCUUAUCUCCGUUGCGCCACUUUCCCGGGCUAUUCCGAUUCGAGACCCGAAGCAUUAGCAUCUUAUUGAUUACAUCUCUUCCGUCGGAUAUCGCAGGAACGAAGAAGUCAAUAUUAGUCUCAAAAUCGCCAAGCUUUCCUAUAUUGUGUUUGUGGGUCUGAAAAGAUGUAGAUAUCUCAAUAAACUGACCUCUUCUCUAUUUUCACAAUAUUCGCAUAACCCUUUAGGUCGUGUACCAAUAGCUUGACUGAAAGGGGCAAGAGGAAAUAUGGCUCUGGUGUUGCAAAGGCAUGAUCCGGAUGCAAAUGGAAAUCAAGUCCCCAGCGUAAGCCCUGGCGCCUGUAUCAACGAAAGUGCUGGUUGUGAGGAAAGUAGGAACGGCGAAACAUGUGUCAAUGGACGCAAUAACCGCCGGAGUAUAACAACGAAGGCUGUUGAUGAUCCUCGCACUUGGCCAAAAUCCCUUAAAUGGACGAUCAUCGCCAUCGCCUCCCUUUUCGCCUUGGUCACACCACUGACCGCAACCACGCUGGCACCAGCGCAACCCGUCAUCGCCACCCAAUUGUCCAUGCGGGAAGGGAUCGAGACCCAGUUGAUCACGUCGCUAUUUGUGCUCAGCUUCGCCUUCGGGCCUCUCGUCUGGGGGCCGCUGAGUGAGAUCUACGGUCGCAGCCCCAUUCUUCGAACGGCGAACUGCAUGUUUCUCGUGUGCAACGCCAUCUGCGCCGCGUCGUACAACAAGGCGCAGCUACUGCUAUUCCGGUUCCUCAGCGGCUUUGGUGCCAGCGCCACGCAUGCACUAGGCGGCGCCAUCGUGGGCGAUUUGUUCACAAAUGAGAACAGAGGGAGUGCUAUGGCCACGUUCAACCUGGCGCCACUGCUGGGUCCGUCUCUGGGGCCCGUCAUCGGGGCUGUCAUGACUGACCAUGUCAGCUGGAGGUGGCUCUUGGGCGUUAUUUCAUGCCUCAGUGCCGUUUUGCAGGUCUUCGCGUGGUCAUUGCUCAAAGAGACCAACCCCGUCAUAUUAAAGAGGAUAGCAGCAGAUAGCGACACCAACAGCAACAGCCAAAUUGAAUCACGUCCAGUCAAUGGAAAGCAACGUCAACAUAGACUGAGAAACGAGUUGUCUCAGGCCAUGUCUAGACCCCUGCGAAUGCUACUCACUCAUCCGAUCAUCCAGAUCUGCGCAUUGAACGACGCCCUCACAUAUGGCAUAUUCUUUCUUGUCCUGUCCACCUAUUCACAACUAUGGACACACGAGUAUGGCCAGUCUGUCACGCGAGCCGGGCUCAAUUAUUUGUUCCUGGGCAUGGGAGCAUUCACGGGAGCACAGGUCGCAGGCCGUACAUCUGAUAGAGUUUACUCGUAUCUCAAGAAGAGAAGCGGCCUGGCAAAUGGCACGGAACUGCCAGAGUAUCGCAUCCCCAUGAUGAUCCCCGGUGCCAUUCUGGUCCCUGUUGGUCUACUGAUCUAUGGCUGGUCAGCCGAGGCACACACAAUGUGGCUGGGGCCUGACGUUGGCAUUUUCAUAUUUGGAGUUGCCAAUAUCACCCUUGUACAAAGCAUGCUGCUCUAUAUCGUUGGUAGUUAUCACAACCACGCGGCUUCAGCUCUGGCCGCCGAUGUCCUGUUGAGGAGCCUCUUUGGGUUUGCUUUGCCACUUGCUGCGCCAUCACUCCUGAAGUCUCUUGGCCGGGGAUGGGAAAUGACUUUGCUUGCAGCAUUGGCUGGCACGCUUGGUGUGUCUUCACCUAUAGUUCUAUGGUUUCAUGGCAGAGCUAUUCGGGAAUUCAGCACCGGGAAUAAAUCGCAUGAGGAUUCUGACCAAGGAUGACACCAACAGACUUCGAAUUAUCUCUUUGAUUUUUUAUAGUUGGGGUAGUUCGGCACCCUAAUAUAGAGUUAAGGUCGGG